CACGUCUCACCUCUCGCCAGUCUCACGUCAGUGCUCUCGCGUGCGUCAGUCCGAGCGUGUCGUCUUGGUGUUGUUCGCUCGGUGGUGCGCUGUCACUUUUCCGACAUCUUCCUCGUGAUUCAGAUCCAUCGACUCCCCCACGGGAAUUGUCAGAGUCAGAUUGGUGCGAUAUAUCGAAUAGGUGGGGCGGGUUUGGAAAAGCGGAUCGGUCACGUGAGAAGUCCAGUCUCGGGAGGAGCUCGGGUCUCGGAAAAAUAUGAGCAUCCUACAAAGCUAGGAAAAAAGAGAAUUUUCAUCUGGAAGGUCAUCAUGGAGACUGAGGAGCUCACCAGACUCGUCGACGAGAUCUAUAAGAAUAUCUUGGACAAGUUCAACCCUGGCGCCAGACAGCUGAUCAACGCGGGCAAGGCGUAUCUGAAGGCCCUUCACGGAGCUGCAGCGGCGUCGCGAGUUUACGUUGACGCUUUAUCCCGAUUAGCUCGUCAAGCUCAACUAGGCACAUGGGGCGGUUCGAAGGAUGUAGGUUUCGCGCUGAUGAGAAUCGUCGAGGUAUACAAGGAAAUCCAGGAUCAGGAGAUGAACAUUCUGAAAGCAUUUUACGUGGACCUGCUAGUGCCACUGGAGACCAACCUGGAGAAGGACACGAAAGUCGUUCAGAGCGAGCAGAAGAAGUUUCUUCAGCAGCACAAGACUAGAUCCGAGACCUACAGCAAGGCGGCCGCGACCAUGAAGAAACAAAGAAAAAAGUCUAGAGCCGCUAAUAAGAGCGGUCUCGCCAUGGACAAGGAGCUAAAGAACAUGCAGAUUCUCGAAGAGGAGAAGACCAAGCUCGAUGCCUUCUGCGAGCAGAGUCUGAAGAAUGCGAUGACUCAGGAGAGACGACGAUACGGUUUCGUGUUGGAGCGACAAUGCUCCUUGGCCAAGCACUAUGCGAGUUUUCAUGAGGUUGCACUGGCCGCGCUUCAUCCCUCGGUUGAUAAAUGGCGCGAGGUUGCCGCCACCAGGGAAUAUUUGCCCCAGUCGGUCGAGGACAUGUUCGCUUCCAGACUCAGGCAAUUUACAUCUUGGCAGCAAACAUCAUUCUGGCCGGAUGAGAAUGAGGAGAACGGCGGCUCCGAACUCACGACGAUGAGCUCGCAAUUGCGAAAGACACGAAGCAUGGACAGCUCCUGCCUAGAAUUGAGAUUGGGCCCGUUACCCGGGAAUCCGCAAUCGUCCGGUGGCCAUCUCGGUCCAACCUCGCAUCUUCCCGCUGUCCUUUCUAGAGCGAGGUCGGAGGCCAAUCUGCACGCCUCGACGUUAUCCCUCGGCCCCGAGGUCCCAGAGACUCCACCCCGACCGAGAUCCAUGGCACCCCCCACAUCCCGCAGCAGCGGUGGUGGCACUGGAAUCGGCGCCGGUGGUUGGGGGGACGCCCCUCUCGCCAGAGCUCUCUUUGCCUAUCUUAGCUCGGGAGAAAAUCAGCUGAGUUUUCUGGAGGGUGAUCUCAUCGCUCUGAUGGGAGACCGUCAGAAGGGAUGGCAAUUUGGCGAGAAUCUCCGCACUCAAAGCUCGGGUUGGUUUCCCUUGGCGUAUACCGAAAUUAUAAUCGACGAUACUUUGGGAUCACCGAGUCAUGGAGCGAGCCGCGGUAGGACUCCGGAUUUGCAAGCCAUUCCACCGUGCAAGCCGCCUCCUUCUCGACCGCCAAUCACACCAGCCAGUAUCGACGAUUCAUCUGGGGGUACCACGGGCGCUAAUAGCAACACUGCCAACAACAACAACAACAACAACAGCAACAACAAUAGCUGCAUUGGCACGCCGACUAAUAACGCGAGUGUUCUGGCGACUCCAACAGCGCGUCAAUCAAAAUCGAUCCGUCCAUCAGGUACGUUGCCCACAGUAUUAGCUGGAGGGCGAAGGGUGCAACCACCCGUGCCCCCAGUGCCACCUCCGGCAAUGACGUCCCUCCAUAGCAGCAACGACAGCGGCUUUUCCAAUGAGCCCCCAGUGCAGCCCGAUGUCGAUUACAGCGACGACGAGGCAUUGAGACAACGGCGCCGGAAACCGCGAAGCGGAGGAGAUCGUCCGUCCCCAAAGGAUGAGAAACAGGCAAAGGACUGGGAGAACGACUCUUGGAAGACAAUCCCACGGGACGAGAAAUCCUGGCAGCUGUAUCGCACGGCAAUGAAUUUGUGGGCGGAAUCCAAAGCCAAUCAGACAGGCGAGGAUUCGAAAAAGUACUUUGAGAUGGAGAACGGUAACUUUGCGCUGGAGAAUGGCAAUGUAACGAAGAAGAGGAAGAGCAAAAAGACGGCACAGCAGUCGAACGAACGACCUAGCCCGAAUCAGCGCACGAAGAUGACGGAUGAGCGAAGCGCUUCCGCUGUUACUCGUCAUGGCGAUCAGCGACGCGUAGACAAGCGGAUGCAGACAGAGACCGAGGAGGACGAACUCGAGGAAGAUGAGCAAGAUUUUGGCGCCGAAUGUAGUAAUAAUAAUAAUAAUAAGUUUUACGGAAAUAAUCAGGACUCUCAACAAGAGCGAAGAGGAGAAAGCAGUUUCGAAACAGACAAAUACGCCAAGUCUUCGAGCUCGUCAUCGGAAUCCGAUGACGAGAGCACUAUCACCAUUCCGGAACCAGGCCGCAAGGUCGAGCAUAUAGCGCAGAAGCUCGAACAGACCGCGCAAAAGUAUGCGCGCGAGCAUAGUCCGCCCAAGUUUCUCGAACGCCGCGAGAGAAUAAACGCGGCAGAGUAUAAGAGCUUGGAGAGGGAAGCGCGCGAAACAGCAUUGUCGCGCGAACGUCGCGAAAGAUCAGCCAUGGACUAUAAAAGCCUGGAGCGUAGCCGGGACGGUAAUCAAAAGAAUUCGGAGCGCUUGCGCGACGAUAAACAUCUGCGAGAUGAUGAACGCAUGCUGCGGGACGAUAAGCACUCGCUUGAACGAAGUUCUCGCGAGGACAAGCAAAAUUGUGGACGCUUGAGAGAUGAUAAUAAACAGAGCUUUGAAUUUUUGAGAGAGGAGAAGGCAAACUUUGAACGCGCAAGAGAGAACAAACAAUGCUUCGAACGCUCAAGAGAGGACAAGCAGAUUUUUGAACGUUCGAGGGAGGACAAGCAGAGCUUUGAUCGCUCGCGAGAAAACAAACAGAGCUUCCAGCGAUCCCGCGAGGAAGCGCAGUCGUAUGAACGAGCUCGCGCUCGUUCUAGGAACGACCAAGAACGCGCGUAUAACACGGAGCAACGAAAGGAGAUGAUGGGUUACGAACGAACGUUUGAGAAAAAUCGCAAUAGGAUGGUCGAACGAUUGUCCAGUCGACGAUUCGAACGACCGCGACCACCAUCGCAAGAGGCUCCAGAACGGCCUGUCGGACCUUACCGAGAACGCAGGUACUCCGAUAAGGAAGAAGUGAUUUAUGGAGAGACUGGCCGAAAUGGAAUAGAUUCGCUCGAGAGAGAUCGCGGUUAUGAGUCAAACUUUGAGACAAAAUUGGAAAGAUCAAAGGUGAUCGAGAGACACGGUUAUCACGCAGGCCUGCAUGCUCCAAGUCUUGAGAAGCGAAACAUUGUACCGAGAAAUAACGAGCAGAGUAACGGCGACACCAAUAACAAUACACUCAAGAUGGAGCGAAAAUCACCGCGACAGGACCAGAUUACCGCUAUGGGUCAUCUCGCGCAAACCGGCAGAGCUUUUGAGGAACCGAAGAGCCCGAAGCUCGUAAAACGGACCAAAUCAUUCUGGAAGUUCCGUCGGGAUUCGGAAGUUUUGGAAGGUAUGGCGCUUUGGCAGCACCGCUCGCUCGUGGACAUUCCAAAGAUGAUCCGCAAAGAAGACAAGAUAACAGGAAACGAGGAGAAGCAGAGAAACUCUGAGGGCGGCAGUCCAAAUUUGAGUCUGGGCAACAGCGAGAGCACCAUCACGAAUGAACAUCGACACGAGGAGCCGAAACCGGCUGAAAGAAGCCACGUGCCCGACAAGACGAAUUACUUUGAUGAUUUUCCGACGCCAGCGGAACGGCCCAAGAUCACGGAAAGAUCGGCGUAUAGAAUUCAACAGCAGCCGGAGGAACGCGCAUACUUUGUCGGUAAUGUGUCGCGCAAGGCUAUUAUCGAGAAGGAGCGUAGGCGCAGUCUCGAGGCGAAACGAAAUAUGAUUGUGGCCGAGUUGAAGGAGAACAACGAGAAUAAGCGGAACGAGAUCCCGAUGCACAGCAGAAGAAAUUAUGACGAGGAGGAGGACGCAACGUUAAAUUUUAGCGAGACUGAGGCUUCCGAUGAGGAAUCUACAUACAGCUGCAUUGUUGUUAAAGACCAGAGCAUACCGGAGAAGACACUAUUGCCGAGGACUAAGCUGAGAAGGGAAUCCGAUCGAGAUAAGAAUACUUGCGGACCCUGGUACGAUCUUUGGGGAAUGGACGCGUCCGUUAAUAAGAAGAAGAGAAAGCAGAAGCAGCAAUAAGACGAACUGAAAUCAACUGAUAUGAGAUUAUUACAAAGAUGUUAAAAUUAAUUA